CUGGAGAAGGUGAUGUGGUGAUGAAGCAUGUUCGUGAGCUAGCCGUGCCCAGAGAAGGGAGACUACUGGGCAGAGCUCCCAGGCUGGACACCGCCUGCUUUCUACUCAAGAUGAUUUGAUGUCAUAUGAACCUCUUGCUGACCAUGAUGGCUGCGCAGACACUGAGCGCAGACAGCUACCCGGAUGGGCGGCGGAUGCAAGUAGUAACAGAGUUAAAAACGGAGCAAGAUCCAAACUGCUCUGAACCUGAUGCAGAAGGAGUGAGCCCUCCCCCUGUGGAGUGUCAGACCCCAAUGGAUGCAGACAAGCAGGCCAUUUAUAGGCAUCCACUAUUUCCAUUAUUAGCUUUGUUGUUUGAAAAAUGUGAACAAUCUACUCAGGGCUCUGAAGGCACGACUUCUGCCAGUUUUGAUGUGGACAUAGAAAAUUUUGUAAGGAAGCAAGAGAAGGAAGGGAAACCCUUCUUUUGUGAAGAUCCAGAAACUGACAAUUUAAUGGUAAAAGCAAUCCAGGUUUUGCGUAUUCAUCUUCUUGAGCUGGAAAAGGUUAAUGAACUCUGCAAAGAUUUCUGCAGUCGAUAUAUUGCUUGUCUAAAAACAAAAAUGAACAGUGAAACUCUGUUGAGUGGAGAGCCUGGAAGCCCAUACUCUCCCGUACAGUCCCAGCAGAUUCAAAGUGCCAUUACAGGCACUCUUAGCCCUCAAGGAAUCGUGGUGCCGGCCUCUGCGCUGCAACAGGGAAAUGUAACCAUGGCAACCAUGGCAGGUGGCACAGUGUAUCAGCCUGUCACGGUUGUCACUCCUCAAGGCCAAGUGGUCACUCAGGCACUGUCACCUGGGACGAUUAGGAUCCAGAACUCCCAGCUUCAGUUACAGUUAAACCAAGAUCUAAGCAUCUUGCAUCAAGAUGAUGGCUCAUCUAAGAAUAAAAGGGGAGUUCUGCCGAAGCACGCUACCAAUGUGAUGAGAUCCUGGCUCUUUCAGCACAUAGGGCAUCCCUACCCAACAGAGGAUGAGAAAAAACAGAUUGCUGCUCAGACAAAUUUGACACUACUCCAAGUGAACAACUGGUUCAUCAAUGCUAGAAGACGAAUUCUUCAGCCAAUGUUAGAUUCCAGUUGUUCAGAGACCCCAAAAACGAAGAAGAAAACGGCUCAGAACAGGCCGGUGCAGAGGUUUUGGCCCGACUCCAUCGCAUCCGGGGCAGUCCAGCCGCCGCCCAGCGAGCUGGCCAUGCCGGAAGGAGCUGUUGUAACCAUCACCACGCCUGUGAAUAUGAAUGUGGACAGCCUCCAGUCUCUAUCCUCAGACGGGGCCACUCUGGCAGUGCAGCAGGUCAUGAUGGCGGGGCAGAGUGAGGACGAGUCUGUGGACAGCACAGAAGACGAUGGGGGUGCGCUGGCCCCCACCCACAUCAGCAGUCUCGUCCUGGAGAACAGUGAUUCCCUACAGUAGGACAGAGGCACGGACUUGCCUGACUUUUUAUAGUUUGCACAGCAAACAUUUUACACAGUUUUAUUUCUAAUAUGUUUUAUAUGUAGAUAUAGAAGAGUGCACUUUUGUAUUUCCUAGUAAGCUUAAAGAGCAUCUUUGCCGGUGCAGCAACUUCUUUCAAGUGUGUGUGUGUGUGUGUGUGUGUGUGUGCGUGUGCGUUGCGUGUGUGUGUUUUGGUUUUUAAAGAAAUUCUUUAAGGGUUUAACUCUAGAGGUGUUGAUGAAUGACCCCUCUCCCCCACCAAGUCCCUAAUUAGAUUAAGAAAUAGUGCUGCCAUUUUCUAAAAAAUUAUGCAGUUUAAAUUUAGUUCUGUGGUUUACAGCAGACCUCAGUGGGCUGGUUUAUUUGUGUAGCCCAUGGAUUUGAAAGAAACUUCUGCACCUAAAACUGCCACUGUGAGGAGUCAGCAGCACACACAGCAGACUGAGUGCGACGUCAUAGUGAGUGGGUGGCGACCGGAACAAAUUGAAGUUCCCUCUUAUCCAGUGAGCCUGUUUCAUUUGCUAUCUAUAAAAAGAAACUCCUAUUUUUACCUUGCUGGAAUUAUUGGAUAAAAAGCUAUUUUUAUAAAUUCAUUAUGAAUUGGAUUAUGACUAUAUCGAAGGUAAAAUUUCUAGGGAAGAAACAAUACAUGCUUGUUAUUGCAAUUUGGAAUGUUCUGAAUUGACAAAAUUUAAUGAACCUGCCCAAAGUUAGCUACCAUCCCAUGGCCCUCUGCUCUCCCUGGGUAAUGAUUUACAUUUACUACUAUAAAGAAAACAACAUUUAAUGAAAUUUUGAUAUCUUCAAAUUUUUGUAUGUAAUGCUCAGAUUGCAUUUUACACUUGAUCUAAACAUAUAUCUAAAGGUAUUUGCUAAAUAGGACUUCAGGUAAGUAAUUGAGGUGAAAUGGUAGCCAGUAAUCAGUUAAAAGCUCUCACCAUUCAUAUUCCAGUCUGAUUUAAAUUUGACUACAGUUACAUGUUUGCUUUAUCAUGUCAGCUGUGUAUUGUUUUAGAACAUUUUUAGUCAAAAUAUGUUAUGCAUAGAGUGUUUAUUAUAAACUAAUAUAAAACGUGUUUUACCCCAUUGGCUCAGAGCUAGGGUAGCAAACAUUAGACUUAAUUACAUAAUUACCAGACAACCGUGAAAUCACAGCAGUGAACUGAACUGUGAUGGCAGGCUCCCUACGCAGCUGGGUCACACACAUUUGCAGUGGUCUCCUGGUAUCAAUGUUUUCUUGUUGUAUGCCUUUGCUUCAGGGUUUCCAGAGCCCUCCCCCUCACUUGAUCACAUGAGAUUUGGAAUAAUUUUAGGAUUUCCGUUUCUUGGUGACAAGAUAAGAGUAGGCUGGGUUUUGUUUUCUUUGCUUUUGAUUUGUUUUCAUUUAUUUACUCAGGAGUAGGGCUUUUUCUCAGAGAGAAAACAGGCCACCUUGUUUCAUACAGAACGUCUCUAUAUCAUCUUAAAUGGGGUGCCCAAAGUUCCAUUUGUUUAUAAAGGACAGUUGUAGGGUUAGGAAGGUCAUCAGUUCUUGAGAGUCAACCAUAGUGAUUGGUUAUGGACCAAGGUUACAUUGAGGGACAUUUUGAGCUAGUGCAGAUAUUUUUCUGGAACUGAAUCCCCCCCCCAAAUAUAUGGAUUAAAGUUAAUCAUAGCGGAGUACUUCGUAGGUAACUUAAAAGUCAGCAAGAAAUGUAUAGAAAUUUUUUUUUUUUAAUUUUAGGAUCUAUAAUUUUUAAAAAACCUUGUUAUCAACUGGUUUCAGGAGAGAAUAACAUUUUUAAGCAAUUAUUGCAUUCCUUAUUUAUAAACAGUUUUUAAUAUUUUAAGUCAGGUCUUAUCAUUUUAAUGUUACUUAAAUUCCAACUUUGUUGGACUUCUUAAAACUAGGACCUGUGAGAGUUGCCAGCCCUUCUCCCUUCUUUCUUCCCUCAGCUCCCUCUGUCUCUUAGUUGCCCUGCUCUGUAGUUUAGAUUGGUGAAGACAUUCACAGAACGUGGGCUCAUAUAGAGGUUAUUUUGCCUCUUUCCCUGACUGGAAAUCAUGUUCACUGGAGUGGUCAAUUUUAUGUAAGAGGGCUACAAGAGCUGCACCUGCCUGAAGACCAAGACUAUGUCGGGGGCUCUGGCCUGAGGUUUGAACGUCCAUGCUUUACGACAAUGUGCAUUCUCUCUGGUUGACGUCAGUUUUCUUAAGCCCUAAAUUCUUGCUAAAUUCAGGGGAAUUAGGAUGAAGAUCAUUUAGAGAGAAGGCACCUACGGACAUAGCCUGAGUUUUCUUUAGCCUGUCUCAAUGAAUAACUAAGGUGCUUUUAAGUAACUUUCACAUGGCAAGCCGUUUUGGUUCAUAAAAUCGCUGCCCAGCGUAUUUGUUGUUAUUCGAACCUUAAAAACACCUGUUUUCCAGCCCUCGGACAGUGGAAUCUGUGAAAGUAUCUCCCCUUUGAGCUUUCAUUUUAAAUGAUCAGAUUCUAUCCCAACUUUGUGCUUGUUAAAUACUUUCCUUAUGAAGGAUCCUUUUGAGUGUGUCAUGAGACCUAGUUUAAGUAUGUAAGUAUGUUACUGUUAUUCCUACUGUUUAACUGUUGGGCAGAUAGCUAGACUGGCUUUGCCAUAUCCCAGCAAGUGCUGGCUGGUGGAUUAACUCAGCUGUCCAUUUUUUGAUUCCAGAUAGUAAAAUAAGUCAAAGUAUUUAUCCAGUAUGCAAAGAAAACCCUUUUACCCAAGGGUUCCAGGAAUUGUUCCUGUGUAACCUGUUGAAUGAGCCGUUUCCUCCCUGUGUGAGGAAGCAGUGGAGCACUUUUUCUUUCAAACUCCAGCAUCCCCGGCAGGUGUUUUACCCGUCGUGAAGGCCCAUCUCUGGCAGUUAGUGACAGAAUUAACUCAGCAAUCUCCCUUUGUUUUGGUUAUGUUCGUCUUUGAAACUGACAAUCUUUAAAAUGUGAAUACUGUAACAAUAUGUUUUCUUGGAUUGUUGUCUUUAAAAAGGAUUUUUGUGAAGCAAUUGAUUUAUCAAAGCAAAAAAAUUAAAAAUAGAAACAUGA